AUGUCGAUGAUCAACAGCGCAAUAUCUACAAUGUUCAAUCGAACCAAUCCACAUGCCGCUCAUCUGAUGAAGCGUGCCCAAAGAGGACUAUACGGCGGUCGUCUAAUCCAAUAUGGCAACACCAUAUCAUUCUCUCAUAGAAAGACUCGCAGGAAUUGGUUGCCCAAUGCACAGAUGAAGACUUAUCACAGCGAUGUACUAGGCACUGAUCUGAGGGUCAACGUCACAACUUACACGAUUAGAUGCAUCGACAAGGCAGGCUCAUUCGACAAUUAUAUCUUAUACACCAAGGACAAGGAUCUACAAUCAGAGUUGGGUUCAGAUCUCAAGAUACUAAUGAAGACCACUAUGCAGCAAAAGGUGAUCGAGCAACUCGAGUUGGCAGAGUCACAGCAACAGCAGCAACAAGACGGAACCAAUGUCGCCACAGCUUAA